UACAGUAUUCUGAGAUGCUGGUCAUACAUCAGACCGUACGGUUGCACAUUCGAGAAAUUAGAUGUAAAUUAAUAUCUCCGCUGCAGCCUUUGUGCUCUGAAGGUUUUAGGCCUCCUGUCAUUCACUGAAACGCCAAAUCGCUGCUGCACUGAUGCUUUUACGGCGCCUGGAAUAAAGACACUGCAUCGUUUCCCAUCGGCGAGCGCACAAUGAAUGAAUGAACCAGGCAAGUGAUGCUGCGCUGAUUGCCAGCUAGGGGUAACGCUAAAAGCUUUUGUUCUGUAUCUGUCCCCUUUACAGUACCGACUUGGCGUGGCGUUAAGAUGUUCCCGUCGUGCUAUUCCAAGCCCAAAAAUGGGUCUCAGUUCAAGAUGUCUUACACUAAAGUGAUUUUUGGGGUGUUGGUGGUGUAUGUCCUCCAUACGUGCUGGGCCAUAUACGGCUUUAUUCACACCAAACCCUGUGACAGCGCUAAAGGGGACACUUGCGUUACAUCUUACCUCACUGUCAAGCCUCGACUUCAGCUCAGUAUCUAUUCCGCUCUGGACCCCAGUGAUGAAACUGGACACAACCUGCUGUUCAAAGUGGACAAAUUUGACAUUAACACCAAGUUUGAAAGGAAGGUGAGUGUCACAGUUCCUGAGAUGACCCAUAACAAUGGGACGGUCCAUGCUGUGGUGUUCGUGCACAAGAGUGGAGUUUUGCCUUGGAAAGACAGUAGACAUGUGCGGCUUGUGGCCCGUCUCACCUCUCAGAUGAUUCCUCUUCAGUCUGGCAACCGUGAGGCACCAGAAGAGCAGAAGAUUGUUUCUUACUGGAGAUCACGACUUACCUUGAACGUAAUGAAUGAGGAUUUCACCUUCAACAGUGCCGCGGUGCCCAGCGACCUUCGCCGCUAUAUGAAAAUAGUUGAAGAUGGAAAAAAGGAAAAAAAGAAAUUUUAUCUGCCACUGCUACUGGUUGAUGAACUAAGAAGCAGAUUAAAUGACUUGAUUGAGAUGAACAGCACCACAAAAGCAGUCCCUCUGACGAUAUCAUAUGACACUAUUACCUUACGCAAAUUCAGAAUAUGGAUCCACAUACAAGCUGUCAUAUACUCACUCAAACAUUUUGGAUUUUCGGAGCAGAAUCUCGAUGAAAUUAAAGCCAUGUUUGUUGAGAGUGGGCUGCACAUCUUGGCUUUGUCUGUUCUAGUGCCUGCAUUCCAUCUAUCAUUUGAAAUCUUUGCCUUCAAGAAUGACAUAAGGUUCUGGCGAGAAAAGAAGAGUUUAGCUGGCAUUUCUAGAAGAUCUGUUGUGUGGAGAUGUUUCAGCACCAUUGUAAUAUUCCUUCAUCUACUAGAAGAACAAUCCAGCUGGCUGAUUUUACUUCCCACUGGGAUCUCAGCUCUAAUUGAGUUAUGGAAAGUCAAAAAGGUCUUAGCGCUUUCACCGAAAUUUCAUGUAAGUGUUUAUUACUUAUACUCAGUAAGCACAGUAUGGUCUAUGAUACACGUCUUACUCUAUUCUAACUUCUUGAAGGAUGAAAGAAUGGAUGAUUUUGAGCGAGCAACAGAAGACUAUGAUUCUAAGGCCAUGAAGUUUUUGUCAUAUCUGAUGUAUCCGUUGUGUAUCAGUGGGGCCAUAUACUCAUACUUAUAUCUCCAAAAUAAAAGUUGGUACUCUUGGAUAACCAAUGGCCUUAUUAGUGGUGUUUAUGCGUUUGGAUUUCUGUCAAUGGUUCCUCAGUUGUUCAUCAAUUACAAGUUAAAAUCAGUGGCUCAUCUGCAGUGGUCCAUCUUUAUGUAUAAGGGCUUGAACACAUUCAUCAGCGAUGUGUUCAGUGGAAUAAUAACCACCCCUGGACCCCAUCAGUUGGCGUGCUUCAGAGAUGAUGUGGUCUUCCUCAUCUACCUCUAUCAGCGCAGGAUUUACCCGAUGAGCAAGUCCAGGUCACGUGACUACGGUGCGUCACACAGGAAGAAACCCAAGGGAAAGCCACAUGAAGACUAAGCAAAUACAGCGACCUCUGACAGCUUGUGCUCUCCAUGCAUGCAAUACAGGAGAAAUGCUACGAAAACUGAAAAAGGGCAUUACAGUUGCUGAAAGUUCUCUUUGUGUAUCCUUGUAAUGAGCCUGCCUCCUGCUGUCUGCUGAUGCGAAAUCCGACAGAGCUACACCUACAGUGCACUCAUUUCUACUUGAACAAGCCAGACCUGAAGACAAUAGCAGUGCACACCUGCUUUAGACUAAAUCCGUGUGUAAUAUUUACUCAGGCCAAUCAAACCAACAAUUGAAAAUGAUGUAAGCUCUAAAGGAAACUACAGCAACACCCACCUGUGCUUUUAUAACCUUUGAACGAAUGACGGCAAUGGCAAAACCUGUGAUUACCGCAUCUGCACUACUGUUUCCAAACAUCCAAAAUAACGCCCACUAGUUGUUUUGAAUAGAAAAGAACGUUCCACGGAUUUUGAAGCUGCUUUGCAUUUAUCUUAGUUUCGCAUUUGAAACACAACACAGAUAUUUUUUUACAUGUACACCUCUGCUGUGGAUACAACAGGAAAUGGAACUGAAGUUACUAACUUUAAGUUGCUGAAAUAGCAAGCUUCAGUACAGUAUUUAUUCAGAAUGUUUUAAGAGUAUUACUUGGUCUUGUUUAUUAUGAAAGUAUAGUUUUCAAUGAAAGAAGUGUCUGUUUGACUAUAAGUUUCAUUUGUCUUCUAAAACAUGUUUUAAUUAAAGUUUGACAAUAGAA